UAAAAUGUCAAAUCAUUACUUUGUUGACAUAUGUUAUUUACUGCUUUUUGUUGUGGAUUUUGUAUUAAAUUUCGUGUAUAUUAUCAGUAACAACUUGCUUAUAAUCCUGCAACUGUUAUAUAAACACAUUUUUAAUGUAAAUAUGACGGAAAAGGGGAAAAAGCGCAAGAGGAUUACGGAAAACAAAACUGUAACCGCGAGAGGUGCGAUCAACGCGAACUGGCAGAAACUACUCUCAAGCAAUUUAAUAAUGGACAAAAACACAGAGAAACCAGUACAGGAGGAUACAAAACACUACACCGGCGCCUUUAGAAGAACUAGAAAGAAACAAGCAAAGGAACUUAAUAGUACGGUAGAAAGUAACCUCAAAAGUUUAAAUUUAAGAACAGACACUAAUAGUAAACCUGAUAAAUCACAUAGUACAGACAAUUUAGAACAUAGUAGUGUAGUGAUAAAUAAUAAUGUAACAAAAUCCAGUGAUUUAGAUUUAAAAAAUAAGAAAAAUAACUUGACUAAGUUUAUAGCAAUGGAUUGCGAGAUGGUGGGCGUGGGUAGUGAUGGGAACGAUCAUAUGCUGGCCAGAGUGUCGCUGGUGAACAAAUUUGGUGAUUGUAUCUACGAUAAGUAUGUGAAGGCUCGCGAAGAAGUAACUGACUAUCGUACGAACGUCAGUGGAAUCCGUAGAGAGGAUUUAUUAAAUGGUGAAGAUUUUACUGUGGUGCAGAAGGAAGUGGCCGAGCUAAUUAGAGGUCGGGUUUUAGUCGGUCAUUCGUUGAAGAGUGAUCUUAGUGUACUAUUUCUAUCACAUCCGAAAAGGAAUAUUAGAGAUACUUCUAGAUAUAAACCGUUCAGGAAGAUUACCAAAGGCAGCACGCCGUCCCUCAAACGGCUGGCAAAGGAGAUCCUCGGCAUAGAGAUACAGCAUGGUGAACACAGUUCUGUCGAGGAUGCACGAGCUGCAAUGCAACUGUACUGCACCGUAGCCAAGAAAUGGGAGUCUGUUAUGAGCGAGAAGCGAGGAUACAACAAGAAGUUCUUAGAAGAAUAACCAUACUUAAAACAGAAAAGUCGAUUUUUUUUGCAGGAGAGAUGAGACACUCAUGCUUUAUGGAAGCUGUGAUGGCAAAAUGUAGUCAUCCUUUCAAUCUCUUUAUCCAGGAUGUUGAGAAAGUUGUUGUAAAUUUGUUUACAUAUGUAUUAGCUGUCUAUAUACAUAUAUAAUGAGAAAUUAAUAAAAUCACAAGUGUUUUUGUCAUUUCCGACAUAUGUUUUGACUUCAUUUGGAAGACAAAGUCUUC